UCAAGGUCCGCUUGUGCUGUAGCUAUAGGCGAACAGUGUAGUGUAUGUGUCAUCUAAGGACAUACACUUAAUUGGAUACUAGAGUUCGCUGGCAUAUGGCCAUCAAGGCACUGUUUUGAGACUGCAUAUUCUGUGUGACAUUUAGUGAAAAUGCGACCCUCAUUUGAUAGUAGCGAUCACAUUAGCUUGCAAGAUAGCUAACACUUUGGUAGCAGUGACGUUAGCUAGCGAAGUCUGUUAAAAUCGUUUAUGAUGGACAUGUUUUUUUAGAAACUCUAAUGCGCCCGACGAUUUAGUGGAUAACUUAACUGAAAGUUAUAAUUUGUUCGAAGAGUUAUAUAUUGUGAGGUGUUUGGUUUAACGUGCAUGCAACGCUAGACUUAACGUUCAUGGUAAUUUUUCUGCCAUGGGUGUAGUUAUUCGCAAUCUCCAGCACGUGGUGCCUGUGCGGCGCGCGAGACUACGCAAAGAUGUCGAUACGUUGAGGCAUAUUUUAGGCAUUCAGAAAUUUGACGUGGGUUUAAUAUGUGUUGACAACUGUAAGAUCCAACGGAUAAACAGCAUCUACAGAAAAAAUAAUACACCAACUGAUGUAUUAUCUUUCCCCUUCUACGAGGACCUGAGACCCGGUAAACUCCCGUGUGGAUUGCAAAGAGACGAACACAACCUCGGUGACAUAUUCCUUGGAGUGGAGUAUGUGAUGCAACAGUGUAAAGGGAAAUCUCAAGACUUUCACAGCGCAUUGACAGUGGUCACAGCUCAUGGGAUUUGUCAUUUACUUGGAUACAGACAUGACACAGACGAAGAAUGGAAAGAGAUGUUUCAGAGAGAAAGCUACAUUUUGGCAGAAUUCAACAGACUGACUGGCAGCCGACUGGAACCACUUUCAAACAAAUGUUCUCAAGACAGAUAAUUAUAUUAUUGCCUGGGAGACUAACGUGACAGAUGAACCACACUGUCCCACCUCUGAUAUUGUGAAGUGACCUAGUGCCCUAUUCAACAUUAUACCUCAAGGUCAUGCUGAUGACCUUUUACCUUAUCUUUACAGUGUGAUAAGGGUUUUGCCAAGCAGCUAUACUCGAUAAUUAAACACAAGAGAUGUCUUUUCUCAUGUUUUAUUUAAAUGCGCUUCAGGAGGCUAAAAGCUGAAUGUUGGGCAAUUUUACAGAGCAUAUAUGUAUGUGUAUAUAUCAUUGUUACUGUACACUUAUGCAUUCACACCGUUCAUUCAAUACACUCUUGUAGCCAAAGAGCUUAUUUUAAAAGAAAAUGUAAAAGCAGACUAUAAAGAUAUUACUGGCCCUUGGUUUGAACAUUAAACAGAACACACAAGUAAUUUCUA